ACGUCAGCAUUUUUUUUUCCCGUUUCUCAAUCGCUGGAUGGAGCUGUCUUCUUCUGCUAGUGCUGAGCGGCGCCGAGGCGCAGGAUCAUGUCACCAUCAUAAAGCUUUUCUGUAUUUGGACGUGAAUCCUGUUCACCUGUAACUCUGAUCCUAUCAUCUGUAUCUGAGGGUGAAUUUGAUAUGGGUAAGGAUGAAAGCCGUGGCUGAGAAUUAACGGUAGGAGAAUAGCCUACAGUGAUCUACUGCGUAAAUAUGUUACUCAAAACAUUACAUCACCGUCGCCUGGUGUUGUAUGUUUUCCUGUUGUGCAGUGUGAAUAGAGCUUUUUCUCGGUCCUCACAGUUAGGCCUGUCAGAUUUAAAAACCAAAAUAUCUGGAGUGGAGGAUUUGCUGGAAGAAUUUCGCAAACAGCUGCAACAGGAUCAACCAUAUUCGAGGGACGAUGACGCAGGAGACGUGUGCCUCAGUGAUUUCACCGAGAUGGAAGAGCACAUCAUCCGGGCGAGGGACUCCAUCGAACAAGGAGCCACCUUUAUAUCGGCGCCGAGCCGAGUGUACAGCUGGAAAGAUUGCCUCCAUGCCUGCUGCUUGGACCCGCACUGCACCGUCGCGGUGAUGCAGGAAGACCUCAAGCAGUCAGACGACAGCCUUGGUUGCUAUUUGUUCAACUGCACGUACAGGAAUAAAAACGUGUGUAACUUCUCAAUGCAGCAGGGUUUCAGCACCUAUAGUCGGGUUCAUAAUAUGACAGUGCAUCGGGCUGCGGCUGCACCCGGCAAUAGUGUCAUGAGCAAGCAAAUGAGUUCACGAAGUAGGCCUCUGGACGACCAGGCAGAAGAUGAAACAUCUGAACAAGACAUGGACGAACCACCUCGCACUGAUGCCGGCCAGGACGUGGUGGUGCAGUUGCCCACCGACUGGGCUGUGCUGGACGGGAGGGACAGUGUGGAUGACCAUGGGGUUGCCCACUUUGAAUGGGCACUAGUCAAGGGAAACCCCUCUGUAACAAUGAAGGUGAAUCAUCCAGGUCUGCUGAAGAUCACUGACCUGCAGGAGGGAGUGUACAUGUUCCAGCUGACCGUCACAGACACGGCGGGGCAGAGGUCCUCUGACAACGUCUCCGUCUCCGUCCUGGCCCCAGAGCGUCAAGCAGAAGCAUGCACGGGAUCCUGCUCCCACUACCAGUUCAUAUGCGAUGACGGCUGCUGCAUUGACAUCAGCUUCGCCUGUGAUGGGAAACAGCAGUGUCCAGACCGCUCGGAUGAAGACUUCUGUCAUAACUUUGAUGGGGGCAGAAAGACUGUCAGUCACCCUGCUACUCCUCCUGCUCAAGCAGUGGACCAGUCUAUGAUACCCAGUAGACCCAAAGCAGCCGUGGUGGAGGCUAAACCUCCAAUGGACCAGACUCCUACCAGAAGCAAGCCACCUCCUCCCGUGGCACCUGAAAGCCCCAAUCAACAGAGUGAACUUGUACCAGAGCAAUGUACGUCGCCCCCAGUGGUUGGACCUUGCAAGGGCAUAUUUCCGCGUUGGUAUUAUGACCCAAAUGCAGGGGAGUGCAAACACUUCAUCUAUGGCGGCUGCAAAGGCAACCACAACAACUUUCUGCAAGAGGCAGAUUGUGUCAGUGAAUGUAUACAAAUACCCGCUCCGGUUAAAGCAGAGACCACCACAGCCCCUGUUCCUAAGACAUAUACAGUGAUGGCUGUGUUUCCCAAAGUGACUGUGUCUGAACUGAAACCAGAGAAUCUUCCAGUCUCGAAAUCUCACAGAGCUUUAGGAGGACACCCUCCCCCAGAGUCAGGGGCCAUUUUACCACUGGUCCUGGGCAUCGUCAUCAGCGCCCUCCUGCUGCUGAUGGUGGGCUGUCGGCUGCGUCUGGUGCAACACAAGCUGAAGAAGACUCGCCCCCUCACCACCGAGGAGUCCGAUUACCUCAUCAACGGCAUGUACCUGUAGGGGCACCAGCAGGACAGUAGCCAAACCACGGGAAGAGAGCGGGAGAGAUGGAGAGAGAGAUGCUGUCUAAUUGGUCUGUCCUGUCCAGCCUCCACCUGCGUGCCUGCCUGCCAAAUUAAAUUUGGAUACACACACACCGACCCCUUUCAGUUCUUCACUGUCAUCAUUCUUUUUUCAUUGUUAGGGGUCAAACUCACACAGCUCUGCACAUAGAUUCAUCCUUAAACUGAGCAGUUGAGAUUUUAUUGUGUUUCCUCUGUAAUGGCUUUUGUGAAACUUGGCUUCGUUUCUCUUUUUGAUCAAGACAUUUUCAAAACUCCUGACUUGCCUCUCCCACAAAACUAAUGGUCUAGAAUUGUGGAUGGUUCACUUUUAACCAUUAAAGGACAUCUGUGUUCGAUUUCUUGCCAUACACGGAGACAAUUUUGACCAAUUUUGGAGGUUAAAGGAAACACACGUGAUAUUUAUCAGAGCACAGCCUUCCAUAUGCAAUUAAUGUAUCUAUUUCAUCUACAACAUUUUCACAAGGUCAAUACCGUGACUUCAUUCAAGUCUAUCAGAGGUUACCUCAGAACACAAUGAUCAUCGCGACAGCAGGACCCAGGACUCUUGUGUACCUUCGACUGUAGCUUUGUGUGAUUUCUAUCUCUUGUUCUAAUACUGCAUUGGCUAUUCUACAUCAAUCAUAGCAGUCCAAUGUACAUGUGAUGCCAUCUUCACACUGGACAUUAUAUAUAUUAUAAUAAAUAAAUGUGCAUUAUAAAUAUCUAAGUACAUAAAGAAAUUGUAUAUGUGUGGGUGUGAAAUUCUGAGGAAUGAUGGAAAUAAACGUUGCUAUAGUCAAUGAA